AUUCUUUCUUCCCUGUGGAAUAAUUUCUCAUUCCGUCCGAAGAUUUGUAUGUGAAAGGACACAUUAGCAGUCGGAGGUAAAAGAUGGGUACCAACAUGGAAGCUUCCUUUGGCGACCGCUUUUACUUAAGUUACAAAAAAAGUAUGGAAGGCAUCCAGUUCCAAAACCACAUCAGCACAGAUAAACCAGCGGUGGGGAUCGCCAUCUUUGGCCUCGGCCGCAUAGGAACCAUUCACCUAGACAACCUGAGACGGAAUCCCAGAGCUCACAUAUACUACUGCGUCGAAGAAUCCACGGAAAGAGUGAACUUCGUUCGGAACCAGUGGAAGAUGCUGGACACAGAAACCACGUUCUUGAAAUCAAACGACAGCGAAGCAAUCUUUAAAGAUCCCAGGGUGGACGCAGUGCUUGUUUGUACCCCCACAUUUUCCCAUGAAGAAUUAGUAAUGAAAUCCUUAGAAUCUGGGAAGGCUGUCUUCUGUGAGAAGCCUCUGGCCUUGAAUGAUGAUGGUAUUGAAAGAUGUAUACAAAGUUCUAAGAAACAUGCGAAACCUCUUCUGUGUGCUUUCAAUAGGCGAUUCGACCCUGGCCUUCGGUGCCUCAAAACCAGAGUCGAAGCUGGGGAAAUAGGAAAAGUUCAAGUCAUCAAAACCUGUAGCAGAGAUUCACCAAAACCACCAGUAGAGUACCUUCAGAUAUCAGGUGGCAUCUUCCACGACUGUGCUGUCCACGAUCUCGACUACAUUUGUUGGGUGUUGGGGGAGUAUCCAGAAACGGUAUCUGCAGUUGCCCACUCCCACUACGAAGACGUCAAGCAGCUAGAUGACUAUGACACGGUGGCCAUCCUCAUGAAGUUUCCGAGUGGAAGUAUCGCGACCAUCGACCUCAGCAGGCAUGCUGUCUAUGGAUACGACCAGAGAAUUGAGGUCUUUGGACCCAAAGGAAUGCUGACGUGCGGGGAGCAGAGACCUUACGGAUUACAGUGUCAUAAUGUAAAAGGAACCACCGCAGUACCAAUCUUCUUCUCAUUUGCUUCCAGAUACCAGGAAGCGUAUGCAUUAGAAAUGGAACAUUUUCUCAGUGUCGCUCAAGGUAAUCAAAACUUGAAACUAAAGACUGUGUACCUGCGAACAUUAUUCCAGAGCAAAAAGUAA